CAUUUCAAAGUGGUCUUCGACACUGGAUCGGCUAAUCUUUGGGUCCCAUCCCAGCAAUGUAGCUGGUUUGACAUUGCAUGUCUUGUACACAACAAGUACAACAGCAAGAAGUCCACUACUUACGAAGCCAAUGGCACAAAGUUUGCCAUUCGCUACGGGACUGGAAGUUUAGAGGGAUUCCUGAGUACAGAUGUCCUGACGUUAGCUGAUAUCAAAGUGCGUAAUCAGACCUUCGGGGAGGCCACUUCGCAGCCCGGUUUGGUCUUCGUUAUGGCCAAAUUUGAUGGCAUUUUGGGCAUGGGAUUCCGGACUAUUUCCGUUGCGAAUGUUGAGCCUGUUUUCGACAACAUGGUCCGACAAGGCUUGCUAGAAUCACCAGUCUUCGCAUUUUAUUUUAACAGGAACACUUCUGCCAAAGCCGGUGGUGACUUGUUUCUGGGUGCCAUUGAUGACCGUUAUUACACUGGACCAAUAACAUACACUCCUGUGACCCGUGAAGGCUACUGGGAAUUCCAAGUUAACAAGUUAGUUUGA